AUGGCCGAAGAAACAGCAACCAAGAAGCUCAAGACCUCCUCGCCUUUGAUUGGCACCCACAACGGUCACUUCCACGCCGACGAGGCAUUGGCCGUGUACCUCUUGCGCCUCCUGCCCACAUAUGCCUCUUCUCCGCUCAUUCGUACCCGCGACCCGGCCCAGCUGGACACAUGUCACACCGUGGUGGAUGUCGGCGGAGUGUAUGAUGCUGCCAUUAACCGUUAUGAUCAUCACCAGCGGACCUUCAACACCAACUUCCCCAAGCACAACACCAAGCUGUCCUCUGCGGGUCUAGUAUACAUGCACUUUGGCCGCGCCAUCAUCGCCCAGCACAUGUCCCUUUCCGAGGACCACGCCGACGUUGACCUGCUGUACAAGAAGCUGUACACCGAUUUCAUCGAGGCCAUCGAUGCCAACGAUAACGGAAUCUCAGCCUACGACCAAACGGCCGUUGCGGCCGCCAACCUUGAAAAGCGCUUCAAGGACUACGGCGUCACCCUCGCCUCCAUCGUCAAUGACAUGAACAACCCAGACCCGACCAGUCCUCCCGGCGAGCCCCAAGAUGAAGACAGCCUCUUCGGCCGCGCCAGCACGCUCAUCGGUAACGUGUUCGCGCGCAAGCUCCACCACGCCACUACCUCGUGGCUGCCCGCCCGCACUACCGUGGGCAAUGCCUACGCCUCUCGCACCGAGGCCCACCCCUCUGGUCGCAUCAUGGUCCUGCCCCAAGGCGGCGUGCCCUGGAAGGAGCACCUGUACAACUUUGAGCGUGAGGCCUCAGCCGGCCCGGAUGCCCAGGUCUACUACGUCCUGUACCCCGAGAGCGCGGCUGAGGACUCCAAGUGGCGCGUGCAGUGCGUGUCUGUCUCUGAGAGCAGCUUCGAGUCCCGCAAGCCGCUUCCUGAGUCAUGGCGCGGCGUGCGUGACCAGGAUUUAGACGGCGUGUUGGCUGCGGAAGCCGAGAAGAACGGCCGAGACAAGCUUCCCGAGGGCGCGAUCUUUGUGCACGCUAGUGGCUUUAUCGGUGGCCACAAGACUAAGGAGGGUGCUAUGGCUAUGGCUGUGCGCAGUCUGGAAUAA